CUCUUGAUCGUUUGACGUUACAACUUCUAAGUUUUGUGUUCGGUCUUUAGUUAUUUCUUGGUGUUAUUGUACAUGAGUUUUAAAGGUGAUUCAUUAUAAAGAAAAUGUCGCCCCCGUCUGAACUAAGUUUUGAGGAAAUACUCAAGUUUAUGUUAUUGCACAAUGGCAGAGUAACUAACCAUGAAUUGGUGAAACAUUUUAAAGUUUUUCUUAUGAAUCCUGAUAUGAGAGAUGAAGCCAGAAGUACGUUUAAAAAACACGUAAAUUCCCUAGCAAUUAUUAAAAAUCAGAACAAUGAGAAGUGGCUUAUAUUGAAGAAAAAAUAUAUGCCAACUAAUGGUAAAGAUAACGGAGAAGUCACAGAAAAGCCAGCUGAUACUACUAGUACAUCAGUGACUGAAACACCCACAGAAUCAGAGACACCAGAGGUUGAAGAACCACCAGAACGUCCACCUUUGCCAUUGCAACUUAACCAAGAUUUUAAUAUAAUAACAAGUCUUAUUCAAGAUAACAUGCAAAAUCUUAAUAAUGCUGAAGUGAUCUCUGACAGUCAAUCUCAAGAAAGCUUGACAUCUAUUCCUAGUGAAGAUAUACCACCUAAAGUGCACCCACGGAGACGGUCAUCAGAAAAGAGUAUUGAAAAACGAUCAAAUGUGCAAGGAAUGCAGGGACAUAGAUCAUCUAUACCUAAUCAAGAUACUUCUAGACCAGAAAGUGAUGCAUCACCAACAUUAUCUUCAUCUAGAAGUGAAAGCAUGUUAGUAGAUAGCGAACAGACAAUCUCAGUGAAGGAAAGAAAGCAAAUGUUUAACAGAAUGGCUUCUGAGAGUGAUGUUCUCAAGACAAACAAACUGGGUGGAAACUUAAGCUCACAGGGUUUGGACGAGGAAGACAGAGUUUCUUUAGAUCAAAAGAGCGAGGCUGACCCAUUAGACUCCAAGCAAAAGCAAUGGAUUUUAUGUGCUGCAAGAGGCGACUAUCAUGCCCUAGCAAAGAUGUGCAAGGAAAAUGCGAAACUUGUUAAGACCAAGGAUCCUUUCACGGGUUAUACCGCAAUGCACUGGGCUUGUAAACGUGGUGAUGAAAAUUUAGUGAAAUUACUGGGUGGUGUAACCCGGCAAGUAGUCAACGAACGAUCGAAUGGGGGAUACACACCUCUGCACAUCGCCAUGCAGUUUCGCCACGAGAACGUAUACCGUCUGUUAGUUGAAGUGUAUGAUGCAGACCCAAAUGUUCGUGACUGGUCAGGCAGGAAACCGAGACAGUACCUUGUCCACAUGGACACAUCACUGUCCCCGGGAUCAUACAGAAAGCCCGAUACAUAUGACUUACGCCGGACUGUUACCUCUCCUCCGGUCAUAAGAGUUCCUCCGAACGCUAUUAAUGCACAAUCAAAAAAAGAAGGAUUUCUCCGCAUCGGUUCUCUCAACGUGAGAGUGAAGAAAACUACAGAAGCAUUUAGUAACUUCUUAGGCGUGGGGGCAACUAGGUCCUCGGCCUAUGUACCUAAGUCAGCUCGAGAAGAACGACGUUCAGACGAUAGUGACCAACUUAAAAGUUGGGGUUCUGCUGACAAUAUACAGAAGGACGACAAGCUAAUGCCGCCUCCCAACAACAACAAAGUCCGGCGACGUGGUGCUAGCGGGCGGCGUGGGAUUGGAGCAGCACAUAGUCGUAGUACACCUUCCACACCAGACCAACCUCGAGCCCAAAUUGGGGUUAGUGAAGAGGGAGACUCUGAUUCCGAUUCUGCUGCUGGCUUUCACGCAGCAUGGCGACAGCAACGGGCAUCGAACUGUACGUAACGUACAUUGUACAUGAGCUUCGGAAACAGUGCUCAUGUAGCCGGCACAGUUUUGAGAUGACUCCUACAACCAGAAUCACAAAUACAAAUGUAAAGUAUCAUUUAAGGCAUUAAUCAUUCUAACACUUUAAUAGAAUACUUAGAGAUUGGUUAGCAUUAAGUAUAUUUAUGUGGUUGCUUUCGGAGCACGUACCUUUUUCAUUAUUAGUAAUUUAAUAACUUAAAUUAGAAAGUUAUCUGGGACUUUUUAAAAUUGGUUAUUUGAUACAUAUUGCUAUGCUUUUACUCACACAAAAGCAAUGUUUAUCGUAACACUGAAAUAGCAUAAAAUGAGUACGAUACACGUCAACUGGCGUAUAUCGACUCGAUUAAAAUGGAAAUUCCAUUACAGUUAUUUAAUAAAAAAUGGCAAUGUUGAUUGCAAAAUAAAAUUCGGAAAGACCACUUCGAAAUCGGAACCAUUCCAGGUAAACCACACUUUUUCCAACAAAAGAUUAGACUAUAAAUGAAUUUAUUUGGCAAACAUUAUUGUUGAAGAGCUAAUAAUGUCGAGUGGAAAUAAUGUAACCAAAUAUUUUAAAUUAUCAUCCCGAACUUUAUUUGUUUUCUGCCUCAUUUUCAUUUCACGGAGACUCUCAAUUAGGACGUCCACACAUAACUGCGAAACAUUAAGAUAUGCGAAGUUGCACAAAUUCAACGCAAGAACUUCCGAUCUGAUACUUCGCCUUCCUGCCUGCCAAGUCCCUGCGAUGCGGUAUAAUAACGCAGUGUGAGCAGUUAUAUGCUAAAUACGUAUUUUAAACAAUAAAGUAUAAAAAUAUAUAAAAUGAUACGGAGUUCUCACUUAAUGGAAUGAAGAUAUACAUACGUGUAACUUUCACAGCUUUAAUCUUUGGGACAGUAUUGCAGUUUUUAUCUAGAUGUCAGUGUUCUGCAAGCGCUGUUCGAAAUAGUAUUUUUCUUCUCAAAAUUACACUUAACGGCGCGGUAUGAUAUAAUUUAAUUUAUCAUGUGCCCAAAAAUUUUACGAAAGUCAUUACUUGAUUAGACAUUUAGGAAAACAAAAAAAAAUGGGUAGUUCCCAGAUGAUGCUUUCGAAUAAAAGUGUGAAAAUAAGUAGUAAUCGUCCGUAAUGUUCAAAAUUAUAGCACAGGUCGUAUGCCACUUAACCAAAAAAACAGUUCAUGUACAGCAAAUAUACAUCUUACUAAGGUUUUAAAACUAUAGAGUUUAAAACAGAGUGGAUUACGACGGCGGCAAUUGUUUGUAUUUUAAAAUUAUUUACAUGGAGGUUAAUGAAAUAAAAAUUGACAUAAAAAUACAAUUAUACAUUCCGGUCAAAAUCGUGACCCUCUUUUUUACCCGACCCUUUAAGAAGGGGUAAUCUAUUGUUAUUUCUUUAACUUUAGAAACAUUUCUGCUUUUAGUACUAAGCUUGUUCCUAUACUUAUACCUUCUGACAGUUUCAUGUAUGAAAAAUGUGUUGUUGUAACACAGAAAAUAAAAAUAAGUAUUCUCCUCAUCUAUACAUGAUUAGGAUAUUAUUUUAUGUUAUUAUACGUAGUAUAUAUUUAAUUUUGCCUGAUGAAUUAAUGUUAACCUUAACUUUAUUAUUUAAAAAUUCUUUUUAUCAAAAUUGUUCGUCAACAGUACUUGUAUUUAGUAAAUUACUUUAGAAAUACUUUAAAACCUAGGAAAAUCUUAAUUAAGACACAUACUGCCUAUUUGGUAAUUGAGAAAGUUAACCAUCAGUAUUCCUUUGACAUUUUAUGAUUCACAAUAUUAGUGCCUUAUACAAAGGUUGUUUAUCUGAUCAAUUGUUUCAUUUCUGAUAAUAAUAAGUUAUUAGUAAUAAGUAGGUAAGUAUGUAUAUUUAUAUGUAUUGUUUUAAUAUAAUAAGUGCUGUUUAAAUAUGUAGAUACCUAUGAAAUAUGUAACCCACAAUUAUUAUACAUUACUUUUACAAUAAAAUACAACAAUUUUAUUUUUGUUUUUUAUGCCCAUUUGUUGUCUUUUGGUACAGAAAAAUUUCACAACUUAACUAGCGAUUCUGGCUUUAACUUAAUUUCAUACGUAUUUUGUCCCAAAAAAGUAAAUAUUGGUCAUAAGUGAUAAAAACUUGUAAGAUGGAUAAGAUUUAUUGAACUAACCUUUUUCCCUUUUUUUGUUGAGGGGGGAAAUUAUCCAAUGACUUCUCCCGCCCAGG